GUUUACUGUAAGUCUGGCAGCUGUGUCCACCUUUCUUUCGUUUACCUCCAUAGACCUCCUCUUUCCCCACCUCCUCCAACUCCUCCACCUCCCACUGGUGAACUCACCAUCAGGUUUGACAGCUCAGCUUUUUUCACGGCUCACACACAGAGAACAGCAGCGGCAGCGAACGCUCAACACUGGACCCUACUUUUAUUUUGUUUCCUCUUUCGGUUUUGUUGUUUUACUUUGCGUUCUAGCGUCUCCUGUUGGCUAUGACGGAUCCCAUGUGUCCGUAGGCUUUUGGUCACUACGGUGGUUAUACAUACAUUUUUUUCUGUAUUUUUCAGUUGUUUUUUUUAAAAAUAUCUUUGGUCGGUAGUGGAUUUACAGGGAACCAUGUCGAGGAGCGCGGAGGAGGUGAACAAGCUGACAGAAAGUACUUACAAGAAUGUGAUGGAACAGUUCAACCCAGGACUGAGGAAUCUGAUCAAUCUGGGCAAGAACUAUGAGAAGUCUGUGGCAGCAAUGUCCAUGGCAGGGAAAUUGUAUUUUGAUGCAAUGGCUAAGAUUGGGGAGAAUGCUGCCAUAUCUCCCGUCUCCAGAGAAUUAGGUGUGGUGCUGAUGGAUAUCUCCGAGGUCCACAGGAAGGUUCAUUUAGAAAUGGAAGAAAAUUUUAAAAGGUUCCACAGGGAGAUAAUAUCUGAGCUGGAGAGGAAGACUGACAUGGAUGUCAAAUACAUGACAGCCACAUUCAAAAGGUAUCAAAUGGAGCACAAGAUGAAGCAGGAAUCUCUGGAGAAGUCCCAGUCAGACCUGAAGAAGCUGAGGAGGAAGAGUCAGGGCAAGAACGCCAACAAGUACGAGAACAGGGAAAGUGAGUGCCUGGAAACAUUGACGAAUCGUCAGAUGGACAUAAAUUUGUUCAUCGCAGACGGCUGCAAAGAGGCUCUGCUGGAGGAGAAGAGACGCUUCUGUUUCCUGGUGGACAAACACUGUAUGUUCUCCUACCAGUUCGCCUCCUUCCACGAUAAGGCCAGAGACAUACUGUCUGAGAAGCUGAGCAGCUGGCAGGACCAGUGCAACGAUGCCACCAACAUGCCUGAGACCAUCCUGUCCAUGAUCGAGGGAUUGCGGGCACCAGUCACCAUCACACCUCUGCCCUCUCCCACACCAUCACAACGCAGCUUGAACAUAAGUGCUCCAGUGGCUCCACCUGUCAAACCUCAGACCAGCCCUCUGGCCAACAUGUUCAACCAUGAGAACAGAACUACGAUUGUAAACACCACUGCCAACAGAAGCACAGAUAAUACAAUCAGUGAGGAAAGUGGUCUCGGCCGGUCAGUGUCAGUGGCGACUGGCCUCAACAACAUAUCCUCAAAAAGGCCACGUGUUCGAACCAUCUUCCCUCACACUGCCGGCAACAACAACACCCUCCUCAGCUUUGACGAGGGCGACAUCAUCAUCCUGCUCAUUCCUGAGGAGAAAGACGGGUGGAUGUACGGUGAACUGGAGAAGAGCGGAAAGAGGGGCUGGUUCCCUUCAUCUUACUGCCUCGCACUCACCGAGCCACUCAUGAAUAACAACAGUGUGUCCGCCGCACCCUACCGCAGCAGAAGUGUGGUCAACCUGCACCAUCAGGACACGGAGACAGACGAGGCCACCAUGGUGCUCCCCCCGGCCGACUACUGCGACCCCAUGCGGCGUGGCAGCACCACCAACAAGAACAGCACCUUAACCAGCAGCACAGUCACCACAAAUAACCACCACCACCACUCUCCCACACCCUCUGCAGCCUCCUCCUCUUCAUCCGACCACAACACAGUGAGUCAUCUUGUAAAAACCUUGUAGUUGAGAACUUGAAUCAUGUCUGAACAAAUGUUCUCACUGUUGACUGCUGGUUAGUUUCACCGUGCCCAGACCCAGUCUAGGUUGAGGUAAUGUCUCACCAGAUACCAUCUGUAUCCUGACCACUGCACCCUCAGCUGUGAAGCCUUAUCUAAUCACUGUUGGCUGUACAUGUGGGCUCACAGUAACUUGUCACAUGCAGGUGUGUGUGUUGUCACAUGAGACAUUUUUAUGUCUGCACUGGAAAGCAGACCUCACUUUCAUGUCCAUAAAAUGGACCUAUUGCAUGUUCAAUUUUUUUUUUAUUUUAAAUUUAAAAUUGAGUGUGACAAACAUCACGUAGUUACGUUGCUUCACUUUGUUCCAAAUAACUCUUUUUUAGGAACUAAAUUUGGGAAUUUUAGCAUUGCAUUCAGACAGUCUUUAAGAACUCUAGAUAAAGUGGACAAAUAAAGGAUAGAAUCUGAGUUGGAGGAUUGGAGGGGAAUCUAAUGUUUCAUAUCUAAGAGAGUCCUUUGAGAUAGUGUUAAAAUAGUCAGAAUAAAGCACAAGUUGAGGAAAGUAAUAAAUUAUCCACCAGCUGUUAAUCAAAGACUUGUCAAAAAUAGUGUCAAUGGGAGAGUUGUAGCAUCAGAUGAAAAAUACAUCAAUAGCUUCAUGGAACCCAGAGUGAAACACAGAGGAAGCUGUGUAACAUUUAGGCCCUGCUUUAAUGCCUGUGCAGAAAAAAAGGACUAGAAAAAUACAGCUCCAGGUGGAAUGUUUUAAAUUAUAUAAGAUUAGCCUGCGGUGGACAGAUCAGCUUUACUGUCCAACUACAGUAGUACUUGUUGAUGAGGCCAUUGACUCACAUCAGAGCUGAAAGCCCUAAGAUGUUUGGAGAAAAAGGCUGGGAAUAGAAAGCACAUGGAGGAGGAAGAGUUGGCAACAAAACAACCAGUGCAACAUGUUGUGGUAGAGGAGGAAAGCCAAAGAAUGCUUCCUCCUCCAAGACUGGCUGGACUGUGAGCACAAGCUGCACCAGAUCUCUCAAACAAGGCUUUAAUUAGUAUUAAAAUAAAAAAGCACAAGCAGUUAACUGAUGUUACAGUAGUUAUAACCAGUGAAAGACGACACCAAAUAUUUUGAAUCAAUACUAUAUCGAUGACUUUUGUUGAUACCGAUACUUAGUGUAAUAUUUUUUACCUCAGUAAUACACAUGUCAAAUACUGUCCAUUUAUUAACUUUAAUAUGUAUUUUCAUAACAAAUAACAUUACUUUAUUUUGACGCAAUGUAGCCUAAAUAGUUUAAUUACUACCAUUGGAGAAAAUCAUAAUAUUUUUCAUAUCAUUUGAUCAACUUCAGUCCUGAACAUAAAGGUUCAAAUUCUGAUAUCAAUCAAAAAUCUAGUGUGGUGAGUGACUCAGUUAAUAAUUGUGUAAGGGUUUACUGUUACCAAAUAUUGCAAUAUUUUAUUUCACAAUUCCGUAACUAUUUUUGUAUUAACAAUUAACAGGCAAACUUUUUUGGUACGUCAA